GCGCACUCGGCACCGACUCGAGCGACUCUACUCCGAGCCGAAUAUCAUGCUUGCGGCAGAUGCUGUUGUUCAGAGUGAAUGAUCCAUAGUAAAUAAGAAACAUGAUCCGGAUCGCGGCUCUCAAUGCAGCAUCUCAGGCUGCCGAUGAGCAUGAAGGUGCCUUUAAAAGCACUAAACCAAGUCAAACCAAGGAAGCCCAGGAGGCAGAAGCGUUUGCACUGUAUCAUAAAGCUCUUGACCUGCAGAAACAUGACAAGUUUGAAGAGUCUGCCAAAGCUUACCAUGAGCUCCUCAAGACCCCUCUGCUCAAGGAGGCAGUGGCGUCUGAAGAUGAGAAAGUUGGACUCAAGCAUCCGGGGCUGAUGUUGAAAUAUUCCACCUAUAAAAACUUGGCUAGCCUUGCGGUGCUCAAAGAUGACAUCGACACUGCCAUGGAUUUCUAUGUGCAGGCUGUCAUGCUGGACUCCACAGAUGUGAAUAUGUGGUAUAAAAUGGGAAGGCUGGCAUUGAAAAAGGCGAGUAUGUCAUUGGCCCGUCAUGCUUUUGAGGUGGGCUUACGCUGUAACCCAGACCACUGGCCCUGUCUGGACAGCCUGAUCACAGUCCUCUACGCCCUCAGUGACUACAGCUGUUGUCUUUAUUACAUCUGUAAGGCUCUAGAGAAAGAUGUGGGUUUCAGUAAGGGACAUGUGCUGAAAGAGAAGAUCUUUGAGGAGCAGCCCUGCCUCAGACGAGACUCUAUGAAGAUGUUCUCUAAACUUGAUGUGUCAGCGCAGUAUGGUGAUGUAGAUGAGGAGGAGGCUCACAGUAUCGUAGAGGAUGCGCUGGAGCUCAGGAGACAGAGACAGGCUAAACUGACACGACACCCAGUGACUGAUCUGCAACUGGUUGAGCCGAUCAAAUACUUCACAUGGAAGAGUGUGGGUGAAAGUUUCCUUGCCAUGUACAAACACCAGAAUGCUUGCCUGGUCCCACGGCCCGACUUUGGCCGCAGAAUCGACUUGUCAAUGUACCGUGACCCAGACUGCCUCCUCCAGAUGCCCUCCAGCACACCUGCGGCCACAGUCGUUGUUUCUUCAGACCCCCCUCAGCCCCCAGUGCCGGUCGCUCUGCCUCAAGCACCCUCCGCACCACCUCCUGCUCCCAGCAGCCCAAGCUCCAGUCUCCCCCCACCAACCGAUCCCUCCUUUCAGCCACAAGCCCAGCACAGUGCUCCUGAAGGGGAACCACAAAACCAGAAUGUAAUCGAGGUGACCACCACAACCACAGUCACUGUUUCUGCCACCAACGCAACUGAGGAUGCUGCUGUUGCCAUGGUUACUUCUGCCGCUCUGGACGCCGCAUUGAGUGAUAAAGCGAGAAAAGGCACCAAGAGAAAACGUGUGGUGGAGGAAAAUGUAGAAACUGCAAAGAGACGCUCAGCACGUGUCCGUAAUACCAAAUGCAAGAAAGAAGAGAGGAUCGACUUCCAAGAACUUCUGCUCAAAUUCCUCCCAUCCAGGCUAAAAAAGUUUGAAGAUGAUGAGGAUAGUCUCAGUAACAUGGACACUCAGUGUGAUGCCAAACCUGAUUCCCAGCUGAACCGUGGAUUCGGCUCCAACUCUGAGUAUUUAGCCUCUAUAGAGUCGGAGCGAAAGGAGGUGAAUGCGUUCUUGCUGGCAAACAUGCAGAAUGGCGGCAUCCUGGAGCUGAUGAUGCGUUAUCUGAAGGCAGUGGGCCAGAAGUUUCUAGAAGAGUGGCCUGCAGGACUCAGUGGAGUGAUGCUGGAUAUAUUCAACUGCUGGAGGAAACACAGCGCUGGGCUGCCCAAUCCUCUGCUCAGGGACUGCAGCAACCAGCACAUAAAGGAAAUGAUGCGGAUGUGUUUGUGCUGUCUGGAGCUGCAGCUGGAGCAGAAGUCCUUGAUAAAAGGCAAAAUAAUGUCUCAAAGAAAGAGCGCGUCUGGUUCAGGAAGAGAUUGUGGGGAUGCGGAUGGUCUGGAGGCUCGCUUUCAGUCUGACAUGUUUCUCCUGACCAUGGCAUCCUCUCAGAGAGAUCUGUUUGAAAACGACUGGAUCUCUUUUGCCGUCAGAGUUCACUGGCUUAAAGCACGACACAUCGCCUUACAGGGUGACAUGGAGGAGGCGCUUGAGUGUUACGACAUGUGUGUCGGUCUGCUAAAAGGGCAGAGCAGCGAGAUCACCAUCCACUUGCCCAACCUCAGCGUGGACUCUGCCAUCUCUGUAGAGGAGAUUGAGAAGAAGCUGAAGUCUCUAGAGCGAUGUCAGACUCUAGAGGAGAUCCAGAGGCUGUUUGAUAGCGGAGAUUAUCAGUCUGUGGUUCGGUUACUGCAACCAACGCUGAGCUUCGGCUCCGGCUCGACACGACUCAAAGCGCUAGAUUACAUCAGCUCUGCUCCUGAGAGACCAGCCCAGCUCUUACUACUGCAGAGUUCCCUGCUGCGGCUUAAAGACUACAGCUCUUGCAUGGAGACGUCUGAAGUGUCUCUCAACGAGGCCAAUCAGCACUUGAACUCUGCAUUACCCAGCAGCCCCUCUGCUAAGGAAGAGUGGGUGUCCACCAUCACAGCCCUGCUGAAGGGCAUCGAAAUCUGCAUCGCCGACAAGCCCGAGCUGCUCAGCCACACCCCGCGCUCCACGAACCUCCCACGCCUCGCCAACAACCUCAUACAGUUGAUAGCCACCAGUAUGGUAUUACCCGAUGACCUCAAAGAGGCUCAUUUCUCAUCGCUGUUGCCAUGGAUUCUGCUGUACAACCUCAUCAAACAGGAAGAGGCAGCGUUUGACUGCAUGCUGCGGCAACAAAUUGCAGAUGAAGAUGAUGAAGAGAAGGACACCCCAUUGCUGCCCUCGUCUCUCAUGCUUCUUAACACGGCACAUGAAUGUCUGGGCCGCCGGUCCUGGUGUUGCAACUCUGAUGGAUCUCUGCUCAAAUUCUUUGUUCGUGUAUUGCAGGAGAAGCUCUCAGGAAAAGAGAAUCUGCCGUAUAAAGAAGAUCUGGAGACAGCGCUGGAGCAGUGUUUCUAUUGUCUGUAUGCUUAUCCGGCCAGGAAAAGUAAAGCCCGAUACCUAGAGGAGCAUUCUGCCCCACAGGUGGAGCUACAUUGGAAUGAAGCCGUCUCCAUGUUCGAGUACUUUAAACCCAAGACCUUGCCCGAGUUUGACAGCUAUAAGACCAGCACUGUCUCUGCCGACCUGGCCAACCUUCUUAGAAGACUCUCUGGAAUAAUCCCACGCAACGAUGGCCCCGUGAUCUCCAUAGAUGAUGUGUCCGCUUACAUAGAGGGAGGAGCCGUCAAGGUGCCGGCCCUCCCGGAAGGAGCUCCCCCAGCGCCCCCUGUGGUGAAUGAGCUGUACUACCUGCUAGCAGACUACCACUUUAAAAACAAAGAGCAGUCUAAAGCCAUCAAGUUCUACAUGCACGACAUCUGCGUGUGCCCUAACAGGUUUGACUCAUGGGCAGGUAUGGCUCUCGCGCGUGCUAGUCGUAUCCAGGACAAACUGAAUUCCAAUGAGCUCAGGAGUGACGGACCCAUCUGGAAAAACUCUCUGGCAGUGUUGACCUGUUUCAAACGGGCUCUAGAGAUAGACGGCUCCAACCUGUCCUUAUGGAUCGAGUAUGGCACCAUGUCUUAUGCCUUGCACUCUUUCGCUUCCAGACAGCUCAAGCAGUGGAAACGCGAACUUCCCCCGGACUUGACUAAACAGAUGGAGGAGCGCAGGGACUCGAUGUUGGAGACAGCGUUUCAGUGUUUCCAGAGUGCGUCUCGCUGUGACGGCGAUGAGGAAGAGUGGCUCAUUCAUUACAUGCUGGGAAAGAUCGCCGAGAAGCGUAAACAGACGCCCAACGACUACCUGCAGCUGUACAAACAGUCUGCAUAUUACCUGCAUGAGGAAGCAGCCCGAUACCCACGCAAAAUCCACUACCACAACCCACCUGACCUUGCCAUGGAGGCCCUAGAGCUGUUUUUCCGCUUGAGUGCCACCAUUCUGAAAUUGUUGGAGGAUGAGAAAGAAGACAGUGGUGAACAGUCCGAGCUGCAGGUUCUGGAUUAUGAGCUGUUCUUCAACUUGCUCGCAGAAGCAGCCGUCGGACCAUUUGCGCGCGGGGAGGAGAAGAACACCCCAAAAACCAGCAGCGACAAGGAAAAGCAUCCCUCUGUCAACGACGAAGACUCCUGUCCGGCUGCGCUGGUCACCUCAUCUGCGAUGCCCGUGCCGGCUGCAGCGACUUCAGGCGAUGGUGCGGCAGGUGCGAGUUCUCCCCCAUAUGCGGUCACUCCGGUCGACCACGAUUACGUCAAACGUAAAAGGCAGCAGCAGAGGCACAGGCAGGGGCAGGAGCUCCAGCAGCAGGACGCUUACUUCUCACAUGACCAUGACUACUGCGUGUGUCUCUCUGCUUUGCGGCCAGGAUCUGUGUAUGAGCAAAGUCAGGACAGCGUGGCCAUCAUGUCGGACUGCAGCUCCUUGCAGGAUGUCUUCAUGGACCCCACCAGCUCACAGGACAGCAAUCCCAAGGGGAAUUCUGGGAAGUGUCUUUUUCCAGAAGACUCAAACGCUGCUGAAAAAGAGAAACGGGCACCAGCUGAAGAUACAGGCACCUUAGAAGACAAGAAUAUGGAUAUCAGCUCUGCCACAAUCUCUCAAGAAUCCUCGGUCACGCAGGAGUCUUCCGACACCACUUUAUCCAUCACCUCUCCUGAAGCAUCUGUCCCUAAAACUCCUACUACAGACACACCCACCCAACCACCAGCCGUACCACUGAACACCACGCCACACAAAAGCCACUCCCAGACCGCCCCCUCCAGUGAGGGCAAGCGGAGACCGGAGCCCCCUCCCCCUCUGGAGGUGAUCGAGGUGCCCAAAUGUCUGCCGACGGGGCGGGCGGAGCAGAGGACAACGCUGGUGGACUUGUGUGUGAGGUCUCUCUUCCUGUGUCUGAGCCGCUUCCCACAGCACUAUAAAAGCCUGUACCGUCUGGCCAACCUGUACGCCUACAGCAGGACCCGCAAGAACCUGCAAUGGGCACGAGAUGUGUUGCUAGGGAGCAGUGUCCCAUGGCAACAGCUGAAGCACAUGCCGGCACAAGGACUUUUCUGCGAGAGGAAUAAAACCAAUCUGUUCAACGGCAUCUGGCGUAUUCCAGUAGAUGAGAUUGAUCGUCCUGGUAGUUUUGCAUCUCAUAUGAACAAAUCCAUCGUGCUGUUACUGGAUGUCCUGUCUCAUCUGAAAGAUCAUCACACGUUACUCAAAAUCUCCCUCAUGCUUCAGAGAACCCCUGACCAGGGAAAGAAGUACUUGCGAGAUGUGGACCGACAAGUUUUGGCCAAACGAGCAUUUUUCUUCACUGUAAAAGUGUUGGAAGACAAUCUGGAUAAACUCACAGGGGUAAGUGACCCCCCUAAACCAUCCGCCACCUGUAUUGGUGAGAUGACAACAGCUGAUGUGUCCAAUAAGCCUCCUGCUGUGGAGGACCCCAAAUGCGCACACACCACCCCUCCUAAAGCAGGACUCGCCGAAACCCCCGCUGUCACAGAGACUGAGACCGUGACUCCCCCUGCCAUGCCCCAGCCCCACCCAGCCACACUCCAGCUCUCACUGCAACCUUUAACCCAAACUCAGGUGACAGGGGCCACCACUCACCCCAGAGAAGGUCCUUCCGGGCUUGGAGAGCCCAUGGAACUUGGCCCGGGAUCAUGGCUGGGUGGUUCAAAAUUCAGAGACCCUCAAACGCCUACCGAUGGUGCCGCACAAGAGCGGGGGAUUGUUAAAUCAUCAGUGGACGAGGCAGAGAAGAUCCCAGAGAGCAGUCGGGCAUCAGAGCUGUCGCUGGAGGAGUUGAGCAUUAGCUCUAAACAGCAACAGCUCCAGAAUCAGGCGAAUGCAGUUAAAGGAGUGCUGACUAUGGCCACCACAGCAGUGCCAUGCAACCCCAUGCAAAUCUCAGGCACUCCUGAGCUGGGGUUACCACAGCGACCCAGCAGGAAGAGGAAACUGCUGGAUGACGCGGAGUCAGGCAAGACGCUCCUCUUGGAUGCGUACAGGGUGUGGCAGCAGGGUCAGAAAGUCAUGACCUAUGACCUGAAGCGCAUUGAGAAGAUCAUGUCGGAGACAUACAUGCUGAUUAAACAGGUGGAUGAGGAUGUAGCAUUGGAUCAAGCUGUGAAGUUCUGCCAGAUUCAAAUGGCAACAUCGGCACAAAGACAGAGCUCCAUUGAUGCGCCCACCACACCCAAGAUUAGUAAAGACCAGCGAGACAUCUUCUUCCCAGCGUCCUUCUCCACGCCGUGCCUCCUCAACAACACACAUCCCAUAUUAACCCAGGACGGGGAGGCCAAGCUGAACAAGACCCCUCGGCCGCUUCUCACACAGACGCACAGCACUCCAACACAGAUCUACUGCCUGCCCACCAGCCAACCUGACCAAUCGCAGCAGCGGAAGACGCCUAGCCAACCAAUAGCAAGCAUGGCCUACUUGCCCCACACAGAUUCCCACACGGGGCCAGCAGAGGGCGUCUUUGUUGGCAAAAUUAUUCAUGAGGACAGAGCAGAGCCGGUUACGGAGGGUCUGCUGUACCGCCACCAGGAGUCGCACCUGUGUCAGCAGAUGAAGAUGGCAACAGUCUCUCAGAUUCACAGCACACAGGAGUGGGCCGGCCUUGAGCCUCCGUCCUGCUCAACCAACACCAGCACAGAAAGUGUAGACCAGUCCAAGCAGGGCGAUGCUUGUCGUAUCCGGUCCCGAAUUCCUCCCAACAUGCCCAAAUUGGUCAUCCCCUCCACAGUUACUAAAUUCCCACCGGAGAUAACGGUCACGCCCCCCACGCCCACCCUACUGUCCCCGAAAGGUAGCAUCUCUGAAGAGACCAAACAAAAACUCAAGAAUGUGAUUCUGUCCUCUCAGUCGGCAGCUAAUGUGAAGAAAGACACUCUCACUCAACCCGCUUUGGAGGUUCAGGAAACAUCCAGUCAGGAAUCCUCUCUGGAGAGCGAAUCAGAAGACGAAGACGACUACAUGGACAUGGACAUUUGAACUCUAAACAAGAGCUCUGAAUCGAGCUCAGAAGCAAAAUUUCUUAUUCGUGUAGCUGCAGCUAACCAUUGACGGUUUCUUCUCUUUUUCUAUAGCGCGUUUACUCCGCCGUAUGCACGUUUUUUCAGCGAAAGGGCUUUUUCCGACCCCGGCACUUGUGCGUUUUUGUGUUUUGGCUCCUCUGCUGCUAAGCAUGGACUGUGUCAUUCUGUUGUUGUUUUUUCAUUGUGUACAAUCCUGCGAAGUGCCAUUUUUACUUCAGUGACGUUCAAAGCCAACCACAACAAAACGGUGUGUUCUUAGCAUCACGUCUUUGAAUCUGUUCACAAUAUUCUCCUGAAGCAUGAAUGAUGUAAUAGAGGCAGUUUGUUUAAUGCAAUUUACUCGGUAAGAGUUUUUGGGGCAUUACAUUUGCAGAGUUGUUUACAGAUUUAACAGGAAGUCCGUUUUGCUUGACAUUUUGUUCAGCUCAGUGGUGUAAAAUAAACACGAUUCAUAUCACCACCAAACAUGGAAACUUGCCUCGGGACGUCAGCAUGCAAAAGUGACCGUUUUUUACGACCAUGUGGACACGUGUGGCUAUUUUUCUCUAAGUGUGUGUGUGGUUUUACCUCUACUUUCAAAGCUGUGCUGCCUCCACGUAUAGCACGCACGGGGCGUUUGUUUGUGCUGUCCAUGCUGUAAGUUCUACAAAUGUACGAUUUUUCACAGCACAUUUAUUUUUGGGUUAUUAUUAUGGAUUGUUGUAUUGGUAAUCUGUUGGUUGUAUAAAUAUUAAAGACCUGAUUUUGAGGUAAUUUGUUAAACCACCAAGAAUUCCAUUGCAACUGUUGAAAGUUGAAGUGUGUUGUGUUACUGUUAAUGUCUUGUGUAUUUUGAGGUUUUUUCCAUUUGGGGAAGGUACCGUAUGUUAACCCUGCCAACAGCACUGAGAAUAUUAUUCAUUUCACUUCAAAUAUGAAUGUGACCCAACCAAGUACUGAAACGCUUUUCAUUUCAUUUCUCACUCAUGGAUUUUUUUCAAUAAGAUACAAAGACCAAAACAUGGUGCUGAUAUGUCCUAUUGUUUGGCUUUUAUUAUAAUCUCUGAAUGGUAAACCAUUAAAAGUACCCGGAUGUUAUAUUCUUAGUUAUCUUGACAUACAGGUUUUUAUCUUCACAUCAUUAAGACAAUCUGAUCUGAUGUUUUGGUACCUGGUUGGAUUUGUGAUGGAGAUCCUGGUGGUGUUACUCUUGACAGAUCUGUUUUUGGAGCAUCAUCUCCCAUUCUAAUAUCAAAACGAUUUAGACGGAAGAAUGUUUUUUACCAAAUGUUUUCUACUUUAGAUGGAUAAAUAGCUACCAGUAUUUUUGGAGUUUAGAUUUUUUCUAUAUAAGAAAAACUUGUUUUUGAAAGGACGUGUUUUGAUGCCGUGAGCAUGGCUGACCAAACUACCUGUAAACAGAAAGAUGUGUUUCUAUUUUUCCUCUUUGUAAACAAUGUUUUGUUUGUAUACCGUCUCUUUGCUUGUUAAGAAUGUAACAUGGCAGAAUUGGAUAUAUGCUCUUGCGCGGAGACGUGAGGUUCUCUGAGCUCCUUGGAGUAUUACUUUGCUCAGGCUAUUUUUUCUGAGAAGAAUGAUAUUACUGAAUUUCUGACAUGCUGCAUUGAUAUCACAAAACCAAAAAUACACUUCAACUUUUUACCUGAA